ACAAUUUUUCUUCUUCCAAUGUGGCCCAGGAAGCCAAAAGAUUGGAUAUCCCCCGUAUAGAGCUUAGACUCAGUGAGAUCUGAGGGUCAAACUAUAGCCAAUCUCCACCCUCAACCCAGCUUCAAUUUCCUUUCAAGGCAGAGGCCUUACCACCUUCUUCAGCUAAAGUGGUUAAGAGAGGACACGGCCUGAGGGAAGCUGGGCAGCUUUAUAGUCCCAUGGAAAGAUGGCCCUUGAAUCCUUCGGGUGAGUAGAUUGCUGUAAGGGAAGAGCCAGACCUGAGGCUACCUUGUCCUCCCCUCAGGUGUUCCAGGGUGGUCAGCCGAUCUCCACCACCAAGGUUGCCUUCCCAGAGCCUCAGACUCAUGCCCCAGUGUUAUGGAGAUGUCUUCUGGAAGAACCUUAGUCAAAGGCCCAGCCUCACUUGGCUGGAGGAGCAGCACAUUCCACCCAUGCUGAGAGCCACUGGUUGCUCCCAGCUUGGUCUGUAUCCUCCUGAGCAGCUCCCACCCCCUGAAAUGCUUUGGAGAAGAAAGAAGAGGAGGCCAUGUUUGGAAAGAAUGCAGCAGCAGGGGCUUGGGGGGGUCCCCGCCCGGGUGAGGGCUGUCACUUACCACCUGGAGGACCUAAGAAGACGUCAGAGCAUCAUCAAUGAACUGAAGAAGGCCCAGUGGGGCAGCUCUGGGGCUGCAUCUGAGCCAGUGGUGCUUGGCGAAGAGGGCUGUGGAUUUCCUAGCACCAAUGAAUACCCUGAUCUGGAAGAGGAGAGGGCAACCUAUCCACAGGAAGAGAACAGUUUUCUCACUCCUGGCAGGGCCCAGGUAUUGUUGGAGUGGAACUGGGUGGAGUGA